AGCCCGCGCGCUGCUGCGCGGCAGGAUGAUCCACGAGCUGCUGCUGGCGCUGAGCGGGUACCCGGGGGCGGCCUUCACCUGGAGCAAGCGCGGGGGCCUGCAGGUGUCUCAGGAACUGCCGUUCCUGCACCCCAGCGAGACCAGCGUCCUGAACCGGCUCUGCCGUCUCGGCACCGACUAUAUCCGCUUCGCUGAAUUCGUGGAGCAGUACACGGGACACGUACAGCAGCAGGACCAUCAUCCAUCUCAGCAAAACCAGAGUGGAUUACAUGGCAUUUAUUUGCGAGCCUUCUGCACAGGUCUUGAUUCAGUGCUGCAGCCAUAUCGACAGGCACUACUUGACCUAGAACAAGAGUUUCUGGCCGACCCACAUCUUUCCAUCUCACAUGUUAAUUACUCCUUGGACCAGUUUCAGUUACUCUUCCCCUCUGUGAUGGUCAUGGUGGAACAGAUAAAGACUCAGAAGAUUCAUGGAUGUCAGAUAUUGGAGACAGUGCACAAACAUAGCUGUGGGGGGUUACCUCCUGUUCGCAGUGCUCUUGAAAAGAUUCUGGCUGUGUGUCAUGGAGUCAUGUAUAAGCAGCUCUCUGCUUGGAUGCUGCAUGGAUUGCUACUAGACCAACAUGAAGAGUUCUUUAUCAAACAAGGCCCCUCUUCUGGGAAUGUCCCUAGCCAACCAGAAGAAGAUGAUGAUGACCUAGGAAUUGGGGGACUUACAGGAAAACAGCUACGAGAACUGCAGGACCUGCGCUUGAUUGAGGAGGAGAACAUGUUGGCUCCAUCUCUAAAACAGUUUUCUCUGCGAGUAGAAAUGCUGCCUUCAUACAUUCCUGUGCGAGUUGCUGAGAAAAUCCUCUUUGUGGGAGAAUCUGUACAGAUGUUUGAGAAUCAAAAUGUUAACCUGACCAGAAAAGGCUCCAUCCUAAAAAACCAGGAGGACACUUUUGCAGCAGAGCUACAUCGACUCAAGCAGCAACCGCUCUUUAGUUUGGUGGACUUUGAAUCAGUGGUUGACUGGAUACGGAGCACUGUUGCUGAGCAUCUUUGGAAACUGAUGGUGGAGGAAUCAGAUUUACUAGGACAACUGAAGAUUAUAAAAGACUUUUACCUUUUGGGAAGAGGUGAGCUGUUUCAGGCCUUCAUCGACACUGCACAGCACAUGUUAAAAACACCACCUACGGCUGUAACUGAACAUGAUGUCAACGUUGCAUUUCAGCAGUCUGCUCAUAAGGUACUGUUAGAUGAUGACAACCUUCUUCCUCUGCUUCACUUGACCAUUGAGUAUCAUGGAAAGGAGCAUAAAGAUACUUCUCAGACUCGUGAAGGGCCUUCUCGGGAGUUAUCUCCACGUGAAGCCCCUACAUCUGGAUGGGCAGCUCUGGGCCUUUCUUACAAAGUUCAGUGGCCACUGCACAUUCUCUUUACUCCGGCUGUUCUGGAGAAGUACAACGUUGUGUUCAAAUACCUGCUGAGUGUGCGACGAGUCCAGGCUGAGCUACAGCACUGCUGGGCUCUCCAGAUGCAACGCAAACACUUGAAAUCUAACAGAACUGAUGCCAUCAAGUGGCGCCUGAGGGAUCACAUGGCUUUCCUUGUGGACAAUCUUCAGUAUUAUCUGCAGGUGGAUGUACUGGAAUCUCAGUUCUCACAGCUUCUGCAGCAGAUAAAUGCCACGCGAGAUUUUGAGAGUAUACGAUUGGCUCACGAUCAUUUCUUAAGUAAUCUGUUGGCUCAGUCUUUCAUCCUCCUAAAACCUGUUUUCCACUGCUUAAAUGAAAUUCUGGAUCUUUGUCAUAGUUUUUGUUCUCUGGUCAGUCAGAAUCUGGGCCCAUUAGAUGAACGAGGAGCUGCACAACUCAGUAUUUUGGUGAAGGGAUUCAGUCGUCAGUCAUCGCUUCUCUUCAAGAUUCUCUCUAGUGUUCGCAACCAUCAGAUAAACUCUGACCUGGCUCAACUGUUGCUACGCUUGGAUUAUAACAAAUACUAUACCCAGGCUGGAGGAACCUUGGGCAGUUUUGGGGUUUAAGCACUAAGACCUUUUCUUCACGCUGUGACCAACAACGUGUCAAGCAGUGGAGACUGGUGCACUCAACUGAAUUUGGCUCUUGCCUGGUGAACCACCGUUUCAGAAGGAAUUGGCAGGAAGCACCACUUAAUGUGAGGCUGCCCAGUGACUGCAGAAAGAUACUCCAUUUUUGCUGAACUAGUAAAAACAUGCUUUCAGCAGCCCUGCAUAUGCUUAUAAAUGCUUCUAGGGAGGCAGUCUGUGCCUCUUCAGAAAGUGAAAAAACAACAAGAAUUAGUCUUGACUCUUCAGCUGGACUGUGAUCCUUUGCAAGUUGGAGUAUGGAGGAAGUAAUCUGUUCUUGCCUCUGAAUGAAGUUUUGGCUGUAUUCAGAAGUUCCACUCGUGUAGUAAAGUGAUUUACAGUCCACAAUGUCUGCUAAUCAAAUACGUACCUCCAGAUAAAUGAAACUGCCAUGGCAGUUUGAGGUAAAGGGGGAGAGAAGAAGGAAUAGAUUUUAAGAAUCUCUUCUUCUACAGUGCACUGUUCUAGCAUAUCUGUGCUCACUAGUGAUAUCAAAUGCUUUCUCUAUAAAACUUUCUACACUUUGUGUGCUAAAAUUAUGCACAUUAAGAUGGAAGUAGGAGCUUUGCCCUAUUCAAAGUACAACGCUCCCGCUGCUGGCAGAAAAGUAUGCUAGAAUUAAAACUAAGAAGAACCUUAGCUAAGAUGCCAGCUCUAAAUGUACUGUUUUUCAUUCAAGGCUAUUUAGAAUGCUACUAGUGACUAUUCUACUGAACCAAAAUAAAAAAAAAAAAAAAAUAUCUUGUCAUGCAAUUAUGUAGAACAUUGACAAUGUCUGCACCCAAGUACAAAGAGACUAGUGUGGCACAGUAGCCUAUUUCAAUGAAAAGCAGUAUCUGGCAGGAACUUCUAGCACGUUACUGAUUUCCUAGUCUUGCAAUAACAGACAAUCUUGCUGUAAGUCCAUUCGAAUGAGUGGCAGAAGAGAGCCCUCCAGUCCAGCACUAGGGUGUAGUAUCAGGUUUCCCAAUUUGAACACA